AUGGCGGCGGGCGGAGCGGAGCCGUUGCGCCUGCUCCUCGGCCUCGGCCUGAGUGAGAGCAAGGCGCGCGAGACCCUGCGGAACGAGGCGCUCACCGCGUUGCUUCGCGAGGCCGUCGUGCAGGCUCAAGGAAUUCUCGGCCCGGCUCUCGACAAGACUGUUGGCACUCUGUUAUAUAACGUGGCUUCUCGGAUUAAGGACCCCAAACACCUUGGCUUCCUUGUGGGAUACAUAGCUAACAAGAAGAUUGUUACCGAUCUACAGCUCAAUGCCGCUCUGGAGUACGUUAAAAGCCACCCGAUGGCUCCCGUUGAUGCCGCAAACUUUGAGAGGCAGUGUGGCAUCGGCGUGACUGUGACACCUGAGCAGAUCGAGGAGGCAGUGGAAAUGGCCAUUAACAAACACAAAGCCCAGCUGCUUUCCGAACGCUACCGCUUUAGCAUGGGGCUGUUGAUGGGGGAGGCCCGGAGCAAACUGAAAUGGGCAGAUGGCAAAAUAAUUAAAAACGAAGUGGACCUGCAGGUGCUCCACUUGCUGGGCCCAAAAACAGAAGCGGACCUGGAGAGGAAACCCAAGGUCCUGAAGCCCCGUGCUGCUGAGCCAGAGAAGAAGGGGAAAGCUGUCAUGGUGGAAAAUGGUGAAGUGCACCAGGAGACAAAAUCCCUCAUGGAACAGCUGCGGGGCGAAGCGCUCAAAUUCCAUAAGCCAGGUGAGAACUACAGGACAGAAGGCUACGUUGUCACGCCCAACACCAUGAGUCUGCUGAAGCGGCAUUUGGAGACUACAGGUGGACAGGUGCGCACGCGCUUCCCACCGGAACCCAAUGGCAUCCUGCACAUCGGCCAUGCAAAAGCCAUCAAUUUCAACUUUGGCUUUGCCAAGGCCAAUGGUGGAAUCUGCUUCUUGCGCUACGACGACACGAACCCUGAAAAGGAGGAGGAGAAGUAUUUUACAGCCAUCCGGGACAUAGUGGAGUGGUUAGGGUACACCCCCCACGCGGUGACGCACGCCUCAGAUUACUUCGACCAGUUGUAUGCUUGGGCUGUGGAUCUCAUCCGGAGGGGCCAUGCUUACGUGUGCCACCAGAAGGUGGAAGAAAUCAAAGGACAUAACCCACCCCCUUCUCCAUGGAGGGACAGGCCAAUAGAAGAGUCGCUUCUGCUCUUUGAGGACAUGCGCAAAGGGAAGUUUGGAGAGGGUGAGGCCACGCUGCGCAUGAAACUGGUGAUGGAGGAUGGAAAGAUGGACCCCGUGGCUUACCGCAUCAAGUAUACCCCCCACCACCGCAGUGGAGAUAAGUGGUGCAUCUAUCCCACCUACGACUACACACACUGCCUCUGUGACUCCCUGGAGGACAUCACACAUUCGCUGUGCACCAAAGAGUUCCAGGCAAGGCGCUCCUCGUAUUACUGGCUGUGCAAUGCGCUGGAUGUUUAUUGCCCUGUGCAGUGGGAGUAUGGACGCCUCAAUCUCCUCUACACAGUGGUCUCCAAGAGGAAGAUCAUUCGCCUGGUGGAAGCGGGCGCUGUCAGGGACUGGGACGAUCCACGGCUCUUUACACUGACAGCUCUCCGUCGCCGAGGCUUUCCAGCAGAGGCCAUCAAUAACUUCUGUGCUAAGGUGGGCGUGACGGUUGCCCAGUGUACCAUGGAGCCCCACAUGCUGGAAGCCUGCGUGCGGGAGGUGCUGAAUGAACAAGCCCCUCGGGUCAUGGCUGUCCUGGAGCCCCUCCGCGUCACCAUCACCAAUUUUCCUGCACCGCACCAAACCCUGGACGUCCAAGCCCCCAAUUUCCCUGCAGAUGAGACCAAAGGCUUCCACAAAGUCCCUUUCCAGUCCACAGUCUACAUUGAGCGAAGCGACUUCCGGGAGGUGCCAGAUAAAGGCUACAAGCGCCUGGCGCCCAGCCAACCGGUGGGGUUGAGGCACACCGGCUACGUCAUUGCUGUCCAGAAUAUCAUUAAGGACACCAGCGGACAUGUGCAAGAGCUAGAGGUGACCUGCAUGAAGUCGGAGGUGGCAGAGAAGCCCAAAGCCUUUAUCCACUGGGUGUCGGACCCUCUGGUGUGCGAGGUUCGACAAUAUGAGCGACUGUUCCUGCACAAGAAUCCUGAAGAUCCCACAGAGGUGCCGGGGGGCUUCCUGAGUGACGUCAAUCCUAACUCCCUUUGUGUGAUUGAAGAAGCCCUGGUAGACAGGUCCGUGGGCGAGGCUAAGCCCUUUGACAAAUUCCAGUUUGAACGGCUUGGCUAUUUCUCAUUGGAUCCGGACAGUACCGAUACGAAGCUUGUGUUUAACCAGACAGUGACCCUGAAGGAGGAUCCAGGAAAGGCGUGAUGAAGCUUCCCGGGUGGC